CUUUUGAAGUAAAAUAUUUUCAAAAAUUGGUUAUUUUUUGAGAUUAGAAAACUUGAUAAGUUUAUUAUUGUUAUUUUGAAAAUAAUAUAUUCAGUUUCAGACUCAGAUAUGUUUAAUAAUUAUUUUUCAGUUGGUUGUAUAAGAUUUCCUUGAUUGAUAGUCACAUAUUAUUCUUUGAUAUUUAAAAGACGGUUUAUGUUUAUUGUUAUAUUUUGUAUCAUUAUUAUUUAUAACCAAAAACUAUAUACCUAUGUGGUGCCUGGAGGCAGAACAUGCAAGGCAUACACCCUAACCUCAGUAAUAAAUAAGCAAUCGACUGUCAAUAGUAGUCAACAGCUUCAAGACAACUAAUAGUUUUUGCCGACAAAUAAAUAUUAAUAAUUAUAUCUGAAAUAAGUACUCUUUAAUAUAUUUAUACUACUAUCAGAUAAAUGGUAUAUUUUAAAUCAAAUUCAACAUGAUAAUAUUUUUAAGUGAACUCCAAAAAGAACAUCUGAAUUUACUCCAUAAACAUUCUACUCAAGUUUUAAUUGAUUUUUGUAAACUCACCAUAGACUACUUGAAUAAUGGAGUUGACCAAAAGAAGCACAAUAUUGCAGCAGAAAAACUUAAUGUGCCUUUGAUGGCUGUACAAAAUUUGGUGCAUGCUCUAGUGUAUCUCAUAAUUGAGGCCUGCAAACACAAUCUAUCUGAAUCAGAUUUCAAAUCAUCGCUAGCAUUAGCUGGAUUUUCUACAGAACAGCAAGAAAUAUUGCUGAAAUUGUAUUAUACAAAAAAGAUUGAAUUGUCCAGUGCCCUGAACUUAUUACAGCAAAAAGACCCCACUUAUCAGGACUUUAGUUGGAGGUUCGAAGUGCAGAUUGCAUCUCGAAAUACCAGUGAAGAGAUUAAACCAAUGGUGGCAAUGGAUUUUGUCCUGAUGACUCCUAAGAAUUUUGGACAAUCUAAAGAGGAUAAAUUAGAUAAAUUAAAUUCUACAAGUAAUAAUAAAAAUGUGUCUCCUAUACAUAUUAAUACAACUGUACAAGAUGCAAAAGCAGCAAGUCAUUGUCAGAACAUUAUUAAUCAUCACUUGCUUCAGUGUGAUUUAUCCAAUUUAAUACACAUGACAAAUGUAUUGGACCAAGCAUUAAAAGAAUCGAAAAGUCAACAUGUGCGUAGAGUACAAAGAGCUUUAUAAUAGGUAUUUAAUUUAAUUUUAUUAAUGUUCUAAAUAGAAAUGUAAUAUAUUGA